AUGAACAACCUCAGAAUCAUUAGAUCUUUGGCUAUGAAUAUGCCUAAUCGUGCUAUGGGACCUCGUUUCGUAGCAGCACCCAUUGUCAGUCAAAUUGCUCAAUUCAGCUCUACUCGUUUUGCUCAACACGCCUCAUCCACCAGAGACAUCAGCCAUCAAAUCAGUGGAAAGCCUCAAGGAGCACUUGAUAUUGCAGCCCAACAUUUAUUGUUGACAGAAUUGAUGAGAGGCAUGUGGGUUGUGCUUGAAAACUUCUUCCGUCCUCCUUACACCAUCUACUAUCCUUUCGAGAAGGGUGCCAUCUCUGCUCGUUUCCGUGGCGAGCACGCUCUUCGUCGUUAUCAAACUGGUGAGGAACGUUGUAUUGCUUGUAAAUUGUGUGAGGCCAUUUGUCCUGCUCAAGCCAUUACCAUUGAAGCUGAGCCCCGUGAGGAUGGUGCUCGUCGUACCACUCGUUACGAUAUUGAUAUGACAAAGUGCAUUUAUUGUGGUUUCUGUCAAGAAGCUUGUCCAGUUGAUGCCAUUGUUGAGUCUCCCAACUACGAAUACAUUACCGAGACUCACGAAGAACUUCUCUACAACAAGGAAAAGCUUUUGGCUAACGGCGACAAGUGGGAAGCUGAGCUUGCUAGAAACUUGCAAGCUGAACAUCCUUAUCGUUAA